UUUGCUUGAUCUUAUUUUGUAUUUGGUCCUUAUAAUUAAUUCUUAUUUCUGAGAAAGAAAUGAGUGCACAAGUUUGUUAACUUUCAAACAAUUGAACGUUUGAGUGUAAAACUCUAUUGUAAAAACUUGUAUAAAACAGGAACAAACCAUGAAUAUUUUUGAUCAAAUCAUGCCAUUGAAUUCUGUUGGGAAUGAAGUAUCCGGUUACAUUAAUGCAUUGAAUGAAGAAUUCUAUAUCCAAUUAUCUGUUCAAGAAUCAAAACAAAUUAAAAAAAUAAGGUUGUCUGGAUGUGAAAAACUUCAAAAACUUUUGAAACCUGUCCAAGAUGAUCUAGAACAGCAUUUACUCCAAACUAAUUCAGUCACGGAUAUGUUGCAUGAAAUACAAAAUGUGUUAAUUAUGCAACUGCGCUCAACUGCCAUAAAUCAAACAGUGGAUUUACAUAUGGGAUAUAACCUGUUACUUGAGCAACUUCAAGCAGUUGGUUGGGACAAGGUUCAUUACAUAAGCUCUGAUUUUCAAUCUGUUCAUUUGAAAGCCAUUGAUGAGUUUGAUCGAGAACACAUUUUGAAGCUCUGGAUUCCAGAAAAGUUUCCAAAAGAACCACCUCGAUAUGAAUAUGAUUUGCCUGAAGUAUUCGACUUUAAAUGGCUUCCAGAUGAUACUUUUUCAACAAUAUUUAGUGCAUUCCAAGAAGUUUUAAUGAAGCACUCAGAGUUUUGGGAUAAUCUUGAUGAAAUUGAUGCAAAAACCUGGGUUUUGGAACCUGAAAACCCUAAGAGAAGUGAUUGUAAAAGAAGAAUUGCUAUAUCAUCUGGAGUAUCUUUAUUAUUACUUGUUGACCCAGCGAGGCCUACAGCUGUACCAACUUGCAGUUAUCUUGGUCCUGACAGAAUUGUAGAACCUGUAAGAGAAAAGUUCAAUUCCAAUAUACAUCUGUGGAGUGAAUAUAAUUCUCUGCUAUACAAUUUAAAACAAGUAUUAGAAAUUGAAUUUCCUUCUCCAGAAUCGGCUACUAAAGAAGAAUUUUGCAUGGAAUGUGGAAUUUGUUACUCCUAUCAUUUGGGUGAUGCCGUUCCUACUAUGAAUUGUGAUAAUUCUUCAUGCAACCAAAUGUUUCAUCAUUCAUGUUUGUAUGAAUACAUUAGAAUGCUUCCAGAUGUGAGAACUAGUUUUAAUAAGCUGUUUGGAGAGUGUCCUUAUUGCAGCAAACCACUUUGGUGUACAGUUCCAUGAGAGGAGAGAGACUACACAGUAAUAUAAAGUCAAAGAAAAAAAAGUUUAUAUAGAAAUUUGUAUAUAGCC